AUGGGAAAUGGCCAGACUUGCGUCCAGACCGUCACAGAUGUGCUUCUGACGGCUAGUUGCUCUGCGGGCAGCUUCGUCUCGUCAGACACUGCGACGUUUCCCGUCGUCUAUACGAGCUUCAGUGCUGAGGGCUCGUCAACAGCCUCCCUGUUGAGGCUCCCCAUAGCAGCACCCAUGGUCCAGAUCAAUUGGAGGAGCGAGGAUUUGUCGCCCGCCACUCAAACCGCCUCCUCUGCAUCCACCCCUGGCGCAGGAAGUUCAAAUUUCGCAGGAAGUUCAAAUUCAACUUCAAGCGGCUCUAUUUCAGCCGGAGCCUUGGCCGGUGCUGUCAUCGCCGGGGUCGUGGUCCUCUUUGCUAUCGCGGUAGCAAUCUUCAGAUUCAUGAGGUGGCGCAGGGCACGCCGCAACGCCAGUGCGGAGCAGGUGAGGGACGACACGAUGAAACCAAGAUACGAUGGCAAUCACAGGGGCAGCACUGAGCUACCAGCGAGCUAUGACCGUCCUGAAUUGUCCGAAAUGCGAAUCCCGAGCGAGCUAUCGGGAGGCCAGGGUCCCGCGGAGUUGCCAGCGUCAUCACAAGGGCCUCGUGCAGUCCAAGGCCAGCCUUAG